AUGGCUAAUUUUGGAUAUCCAACACCAAAUUACUUGCCACAAAAUGUUGCACAGCAUGAGCAAUCGAGCAAGAAGUCAACGUCUCGACCUGCACAGGCAGAUGACAUAGAAGCAGUGGAGCAUAAGAAAGAAGACGAAAAUUUACGAGAAAAACGCUUUUUGGGUGCUCCUAUUAUUUCGAAAUCUUCAACCAGUGGUCAUUUUGGUUCUACAUCUCCGUUUUUUGCUGAAAUAAAAAGAUGCCUGAACCUGAAAUUAGAUGGUGUACCUUCGAAAAAUCCAACACUGAUACCAAUGAUGGUUGAGAAAGCUGCUGAAGGAAUUAUCGAAGAAGGAAAACAAAUAGGAAAAGAACGAAGAGCUGAAAAAAUAGCAUCAGCACUCAGAGAAAAGAAGGACGCAGGAAUGGAAGAAGUAUGGAAACAAUGUGUUUAUCUCUAUACAUCGGAGAAUUUCUUAUACGAAUCAUUAAAUUCAAUGAUGAAAUCAGUAGGAGACAAAGAACAAGAAAAGAUAUGGAAAAACAAAGUACCUAUAUUAGGUCCAUUUUGUUUAUUAUUAAUGGAUAAUCCAUUUAAGAAAGAAACAAAUGAAAAAAAUAUAAUUUAUCGAGGUGCGAAUAUGGUUGCUGAACAAAUCGGCCAAUAUGAAGAAAUGGCUAAAGAUAAAAAUUCAUAUAAAUCAUUUCAAGUGUAUACAUCUUGUACACGUAGUCGUAAAAAAGCAAAGGCGUUGGGAAAUACUUUAUUUAUAAUGGAAGUUUUGACUGGUUCUGUUAUUGAUUUAAGUCCAUAUUCGAAAUAUCCAAAAGAAGAAGAAGAACUUAUCCCACCUGGUGUUUGUUUUCAUGUUAAAAGUGCUGAAUUCGAUCGAAAAAAAAACAGAUAUACGAUCAAUUUGGAAUUACAAAAAAAGAUUUCUAUUUUAGAGAAAGCAGCGAUACCAGUAGCGUUGUCAACAGUUGCAAAGAAGCAUAUAUUCUUUGCCUAUGCAAAAGACGACGAGUCUGGUGCACCAAUAGUGAAAAAAUUGAAAGAUCACUUCAUUCAACGACGAUUUAGAGUUUAUCAUCCGAGACAAAAUGAAGAUGUUAAUACCAAAAUUGCAGAUGGUAUUGAAAAAGCUGCUGCAGUUUUAGUUUUUCCGUCGCUCGCGUUAGAAACGUCAAAACCUGGAUUAAAACUAUUGAAUUAUGCUGAUCAAACUAAAACACCAAUUAUAAAUAUUAAGAUUUGUGAAGAUUUUCAACCUAUGGCUUGGUUGGGUGCUAUUUUAGCUCCUGCAAAGAGUUGCUCAACUGAUUUUGAUGAAGUUAUACAAACUAUGAUUUCAAUGGGAAUCAAAACUGGCGAUCUUGUUCUUGAAAGAGGUGAAAAAAAUGAACCCCAGCCAAUACAGGAGUAUCUAUUUCAGGGUGAAACCAAUUCGGGAAAUCUAAAGGCUAGUUAUUAUCAAUCUGACAAAGAGUUUCCGAUGAAAUUUAAGUUUUUGGGUUUGAAAGAUAGGAAAGUAUUCGGGCAAGGAGAUGAUAAAGAUGGAGUUUUUACUCUGGCUGGCGAAUACAAAAUCGAAAAUAUGCUUGGUGUUAUCGAAAUGAAAAAAGAAUAUGUUGGCAAACCUCCUGUUACAUAUAAAGGAAACAUGUUAUUUCAAGAAUUAAAUUGUACGAUAGAAGGACAAUGGAAGAUGGACGACGUAUCUGAUAAAUUUGUCAUGCAUUUGACUCUUCCAAAAUCAUAUACUACGCAUAUGGAAACGAUGGCACCACCAAAAAUUUCACGAAAACAGGGAACUAAAGUUAUGAUAUCUUAUUGUCCAUGUCAAGUUGAUUUAGCUCAAAAGAUAACUAAAGGACUCAUUGCAAAGGGUAUUCCAGCUGUUUGCCCACCAAUGAAUGUUCGUGAAAUGAUAAAAACAGCAGUCCAAAAGGCAAGAGUAGUCGUACCAUUAAUGAGUAAAGCAUAUGAAGCAUCGAACACGGCCAAGCAUGUUCUAUCAUACGUUGAUGAAGCAGGUAUUCCAAUCGUUCCUGUAAAAGCACAAAAUCCUUACUCGCAAAGUGGUUGGCUUGGUGUCAUUUGUGCUGGUGCAUUAUGGACACAAAUGACGAAUGCUAAUGAAUUUGAAAAGACGCUUGAUGAUCUUAUAAAACAAUUACAACCAUAUAUGAUUGACUGUGAUAAUCAAGAAGAACAAAAUAAUGUCCUUGUUGAUGAAGAGUUUAUCGAAGGUUAUUAUAUGGAGUCAGGAGAAGAAAUUCCUUUCGAUUUUGACAUGUUUUCUUUGAUAAACGGAUAUAUUGCCGGAGAAGGAGAAGAUGACGUUGGUAGCUUUGUAAUUAAUGGUGAAUAUUAUAGCUCAUCGGAUACAGAAGAUUUAAAAUUUGAAUUUGAAAAGCAGUAUAUCGAAAAAUAUUCUAUCCAAUAUUUUGGAAUUAUUACCGAAGAAGAUUCUGUUUUGUUCUUCGAUGGAAGAUGGUCUCGAGGCGACUUAUCUGAUAUCUUUCAUUUAGAAGCACCUACUUUUGAACCAACGGAAUCAGAAAAGUUCCACAUUAUGUUAAGCUACAAUUGGAGUCAUCAACAGAAAGUUAAGAAAAUAGCAAAUAAGCUCAAAGAGAAGAAAAUUCCGAUUUGGUUUGACAUUGAUGGAGAUAUGAAAGGCAAUAUCAAUUCUGCUAUGGCUAAUGGUGUCGAAGGUGCUGCGAUGAUUAUCAGUUUCAAUACUGUUGCUUAUAGUAAAAGUAUUAAUUGUCAAAAAGAAUUUACGUAUGCUACGCAAUUGAAGAAAACUAUUCUACCUGUUCUUCUUGAAAAUGAGAAGAGUUUUCAGGAUACUUGGUUAGGAAAAGCAAUAGAGUCUUUGGAAAAAGUGAAUAUGGAAAAUGAAAGUGAAUUUGAUUCCAGUUUUGAUGUUAUUUUACAACAUAUUGAAAAAGCUUGUGAAGAGAAAGUAAAAGAAGAUGACGAUGAAACUGAAGUUAUUACACGCUUUGAGGGUGGUGCUGUUCACGGAGAAUACUAUGAACGUGACCAAUCGUUUGAUAUGACUUUUGACUUCUUUAGCUUAAUAGAAGGAAGCGUUGCAGGUCAAGGCAGUAGUAACGAUAUAGCUUUUACAAUAACUGGAGACUAUGAUAAUGAAGGAAAUGUUAGUUUCACAAAGCAGUACGUUGGAAAACACGCUGUUGAAUAUGAAGGAAUACUUCAUUGCGAUGAAUUUGGCGGAUUUAAAAUCGAAGGAAAAUGGUAUACUAAUAAUGCAACAGGUGACUUUUACGUAGAAAGUAUUGAUGAUACCAAUGAUGAUACCAAUGAUGAUACCAAUGAUGAUACAACGAGUAACACCAGUUAA